AAACAAAACCGACCGAGUUUUCUAAACAAUAUGGCUGCUCCCUAUGGUUGUCAUGCCGAGCUGAGAAAAUAGUUCAGUUUGAACUAUUUUGACUUUUAUGUUAGUUUUGCAGAUUGUUAAAGCUAGCUGUGAGUUGGUUUUAUUCGGAACUAGCUCAUGCUAGCACCGAAGGUUGUCGGAAUGGCCGCAGCCUUCAGAUGGAAGGUCAGACCGGUGGUCUAUCUGAGCCGGAGACUGUCCACCCAGGAGCAGGCUGGACCUCCGGACUCUCCCCCGGAGAGCCAGUUACCUGCGGUCAAGGUGCGAAGACCGAGAAAGGAUCCCAGGGGCCAUUCCGUGCUUCUCUUCCCCGGGCAGGGUAGCCAGUUUGUGGGUAUGGGUAAAGGACUGACGAAGUACCCCAACGUGAAAGAGAUGUUCUCCGCAGCGCAGAAGAUUCUCGGCUACGACCUGCUGACGCUGUGCCUGGAGGGGCCGGAGAAGGACCUGCUGAAGACGGUGCACUGUCAGCCGGCGGUGUUCGUCACCUCUCUGGCUGCGGUGGAGAAGCUGCACCAUGAAAACCCAAAGGCUAUUGAGACGUGUGUCGCUGCUGCAGGUUUCAGUGUUGGUGAAUUUGCUGCUCUUGUUUUUGCUGGAGCCAUGAACUUUUCAGAAGCUUUGUAUGCAGUGAAGGUGCGUGCAGAGGCCAUGCAGAAAGCCUCUGAACUGGUUCCCAGUGGGAUGCUGUCGGUCGUUGGCAGACCGCAGGCUCAUUAUAAAUACGCCUGCCUUCAAGCCAGAGAGCACUGCAAGAGUCUGGGGAUCGAGGACCCCGUUUGCUCUGUGGCCAACUAUUUAUUCCCGGAUGGCAGGGUCAUUGCAGGGCACCAGCAGGCCCUGGACUUCCUCCAGCAGAACUCGCGCCGUCUAGAGUUCAUCAGGGCCAAACCUCUCCCAGUUAGCGGAGCAUUCCACACCGAGCUGAUGGCGUCGGCUACCAAACCACUAAGAGAGGUGCUGCAGCAGGUGGAGGUGCGACGCCCCGAGAUCAGGGUCUACUCCAAUGUGGACGGAAAGCGCUACAUGAGUGAAAGCCACGUUCGCAAGCAGCUGGUCAAGCAGCUGGUGUCGCCGGUGAAAUGGGAGCAGGCUCUGCAUGAAAUCUACGAAAGGAUGCAGGGGGAGAGUUUCCCUCAAACAUACGAGCUUGGCCCCGGGAAGCAGCUGGGCGUCACGCUGCAGAAGUGCAACAGGAAGGCCUCUCAGUUGUACGCUCACGUGGACGUCACCGCAAGCGAAAAGUGACUCUAAUGAUGGAAAAGAUUGUGUAUAACUGUGUAUUUAAUGAAAUGUUUUUAAAUAAACACGCCAGUCGGUUUUUCUCA